AUGCUUGGGCAUCGUUGUGUCCAUGGUUCUUGGUGUAACCGAAGGACGGACGCGGAGUUCGAGAAGUUCUCGAAGUGCCUGCGUAAAUUGAAAGAUGCCAAGCCUACAUGCAAAAGCGGCUACAGGUGCAUUGAGGACUAUCCCAAUACGUUGGAUUCUUUCCUUGCCUUCCAUAUGAAUUGCCAUCAUCACGAAGACGAAUUCUGGGUCUGUCAUCGGCACAUGAUGUAUGACCUGGAAACAUCUCUCCAGAAGCUCUGCAAUGACUGCAGCAUCACGCUGCCUUAUUGGAAUUCAUUCAGAGAAGCAGGAAACAUCUGGGGUUCCAAGACAUGGGCGCCAAAUAGAUAUGGCAAUCCUUUUGGGGUCCCAAGACGUAGAGCCCAUUGGUGCUACAACUAUGGUUGGAGCCAAUGUGUGGUAGAGGGCAUUGGCAAGGGCUUCACCAUGAAUCCGCAUGCAGAUAAGUCGUCAUGCAGCUUGUCUGUGCCGAGAGGGGGCCGUGUAACAUUGGUGGGACGGACUGCGUCUCCAAAUUUACUGCAACUUGUGUGCCGUGAAUGA